UGCAAAAAUAAGGAAAGAUGUUUUUAAAAAAUAAUUAUUAUAAAUGAAAAUUAGGUGAAAAUACAAAAAAUGAGAUAUUUUUUGAAAUGUCGCUUCAGAAAGUUUUAUUUUGUGCUCGUUACAAUCACUUUGAUAAGCUGCUCCGUCAUAUUUUAUUUAUCAAAAUUUACACUCGACAAAAUAAUAGAAUUACAAGAUAGCAAUAGAUAUGCACGAAGAGGAAGAUUCAGAAUUCCCCAAAUUGUUGGACAUUAUAUGCCUAUUGUUAGUGCAAAUGUAUCGAGUGACUUCUUAAACUCGAAUAAUUACAGUCCCAUUCCAGGAGAAGGUGAAAAAGGCAAUCCUGUUGUAGUACCAUCAAAAGACCUUCUAAUUAUGCAACAGCUUUUCCAAAUAAAUCGUUUUAAUUUACUUGCUAGUGAUAGAGUAUCUGUAAAUCGUACGCUUCAAGAUGUUAGAAAUCAUGUGUGUAAAACUAAAACUUAUGAACAGGAUCUCCCAAAAACGUCCAUAAUUAUUGUAUUCCAUAACGAAGCAUGGUCUGUGUUGCUAAGAACAAUUUGGUCUGUGAUUAAUCGAUCUCGUCCAGAUUUAAUCCAAGAAAUUUUAUUGAUUGAUGAUGCGAGUACCAGAUCAUUUUUAAUGCAGCAAUUAGAUGAUUAUGUUUCAAAACUUUCCGUACCUACAAAAGUAUACCGAUUAAAAGAAAGACUAGGUCUGGUAAGUGCUCGAUUAUUGGGAGCACGGAAAGCAACAGGCGAAGUGUUAACAUUUCUUGACGCACAUUGUGAAUGCAAUACAGGAUGGUUGGAGCCACUACUUAAACGAGUUAAAGAUAAUCCAAACGUUGUAAUAUGUCCUGUUAUUGACAUCAUAUCCGAUGAUAAUUUCAGUUAUAUUAAAAGUUUUGAUUUUCAUUGGGGCGCUUUCAAUUGGGAACUUCAUUUCCGAUGGUUCAUGCUUGGUGAUGAAGAACUAAAGAAACGUCAGAAAGACGUGAGUGCACCGUUUAAAACUCCAGCAUUUGCCGGUGGACUCUUUUCAAUCAAUCGAAAUUAUUUCUUUGAAAUUGGAAGUUAUGAUCAAGAAAUGAAGAUUUGGGGUGGUGACAAUAUUGAAAUGAGUUUGAGGAUUUGGCAGUGUGGUGGACAAAUUGAAAUAUCUCCAUGCUCACAUGUUGGACAUUUGUUUCGGAAAAGUUCACCUUAUACAUUCCCAGGUGGUGUAAAUGAAAUUUUGAAUAGAAAUUUAGCACGUGUAGCAGAUGUAUGGAUGGAUCAAUGGAAAGAAUUUUAUUACAAAUUUAAUCAUAAUUCAAAUGCUAUACGUUCAACAUUAAAUGUUACUGAUAGAGUAGCAUUACGCCAAAAAUUUCAAUGUAAAUCAUUCAACUGGUACCUCGAAAAUAUUUGGAAAGAAAAUUUUUUCCCUUCCAAGAAUCGCUUUUUUGGCAAAAUACAAAUGGCUAAUAUCAGCAAUAUUGGUCCAGAAUAUAGAAAAUAUUAUGACAUAAUCCAAGAAUUCAGUCGUGUAAUUCACUUCCAAGAACAAAGUAUUGAUGAAAAAUGGAACAAACUAAUCAAGUAUUUUAACAAACGCAUUCCAGCAAUUAACGAUCUCUUCCAGUUCAACUCGAAUGAAUAUUUAUGUCUUCAAAAACCUAAAAGUAGUAAUGUAGCAACUCCUUAUGGCCAAACAUAUAUAAAGAAAUGUUUAAAAGUAUAUGAUAGUCUAGAUGAAAUGUUUGUUAUUACAGUUGAUGGAAAAAUUAUGACUAAUGAAAACCUAUGCUUAGAUUCAUUUAAAUUACAAACUUCCGAUGAUUCCAGUGAGAAAGAUAAAGAUGAUGUCUACUAUGCUAAGAUGGUAACAUGCUCGACAAAGUCCACACAGUAUUUUGUUUACAACACAAAUACACUUCAAUUACUGCAAGCUAAUACGGGAAUGUGUUUACAAGGAACCGACAUUUCAGCUGAAAAUGAAAGUUUUAAAAUCAUAUUGGCAGAUUGUAGUGAAAAUAAUAAAUACCAGAAGUGGAUUCUCUUUCCAGUCGAAUGGCAUUGAUCGAAAUUCAUAGUGUGAUGAUUGGAAUUUCACGUAAUUAUUUAUCCAGUAACUCUUUUCCUACCUCUUGUACUUUUUGUCAUGUUUUUAUUUUGCGGUGUAAAGAAUUGAAACAAUAACUGUGAUAAAAUAAUUGAGAGACAAUUCUGUGGAAUUUCGUUUGCUUGAUUUUUUAUAACUUCUCUUCUGUCUUGUAAUCAACAUAUUUUGUAAUAAACAUAAUAUUAUAUAUUGUAGAUGAAAAAAAAAAAAAUUGUGAAAGUUUUGCUACACUUUAUUUUAUUUUUUUGUUAUAAAUCAAUCAUGAUUAGAUUUUUACAGGUGUACGCUUCAAUAGAUAUAGAAAGAUAGAUAGCUAAACCACUGGAUAGAGUUGGUCAUGGUCGCUUUGAUUUCACUUUUUCUAAACUCACUGUUACUUUCCUGUAAGACAAAAAUAAAUGACGAACAAAUGGGCCAAGAGCUUCAUAAAGAAAUAAAAUUUGAUCUUUAUUUUCUUCACUAAGAAUCUCAAUUUUCUAUAAAAAUCUUCUACUAUUAUAUUUUCAUUCAUCUAUUAUUUUUAUUUUAUUUUAUUUUAUAUAUUAUCAUUUCAAAAAAAAAAACAUUAAUGAGUUUAACUCAAACAUUGUAUGUCCAUUUAUUUAUU